UCAUCUUCAGCUUUCGCAUUCACAAAUCACACCCGCUUUCUCUUUCUUCAUUAUCACCACUCACCAAAACCAAACCAAACAAACCACACCCCCUCUAAGUAAAUUUUCCUCCUUGAUUUUGUUUAGUUUUGUUUUUCUCGUAUUACUCUCCCCCAUAGUUUUCUGUUUUCCUCAUAGCAGGUGUCUAAUGAGAUAUCCCAUCUGUUCAAUUUUGAUCCUUUAUUAGGUAAUAGCAGCUGGGCUGGUGAAAAGAAUGGAUUUUUUGAGGAAGGUUGUUCUGGGUUUCGUAUGAAGAUGAAUUUUUGUUAUGAUAUGGAAGGUGGGGUACUGGAUUUAGGUUCACUGCCUCAAACCAUCGUUAUCGAAUGCCGAUACAUGUUGCGAUCGGCAUUCGAAUUGUUCUCCAAUAUUCAUUCCAAAGCUUUCUCUGAAGGUGGUUGUUCUUGUUCAUUCAUACCUCUUGGAGCAGAGCAGCGACACCUUUGACCCACCACUCUUUAGUAACAAAAGAAAAAAAAAAAGAAAAAGAAAACAAACAACAAAGUAUAUCCCCGGUUUUCUUUUAUUUCUGGAAUCUUAGCAUUUUUCAGGAUGGAUUCUGAUUCUGUGUUGGCAUUGCCUAAGAGCAAUGGAUUCAAAUCAAGGGACAGUCAUGAUUUUGAGGAAGACUUUGUAGAGAAAGAUCCUACCGGCCGCUAUCUUAGAUUAUAGGGGCUUUGAUGAAGUUGACGGAUUAGAAGUUGCUUGGAACCAAGUCAGGAUUGAUGAACUCCUGGGAUCUGCAGAUGAUGUUGCAAAGUUGUACUCCGAAGUAAACCUAUUGAAGUCUGUGAACCACGAAAACAUCAUUAAGUUCUAUAAUUCUUGGAUUGAUGAUAAGAAGAAAACUGUUAACAUUAUUACUGAGCUCUUCACAUCUGGAAACCUAAGACAAUACCGGAAGAAGCAUAGAUAUGUUGACAUGAAAGCCAUAAAAGGUUGGGCUCGACAAAUUCUUCAAGGUCUGGUAUAUCUUCACGGUCACAAGCCGCCUAUUAUUCACAGAGACUUGAAAUGUGACAACAUCUUUGUAAAUGGGAACCAUGGAGAAGUCAAGAUCGGAGAUCUCGGUUUGGCAACUGUCAUGCAGCAGCCAACUGCUCGAAGUGUUAUUGGGACCCCCGAGUUUAUGGCUCCAGAACUAUAUGAAGAGGAAUACAAUGAACUCGUGGAUGUCUAUUCUUUUGGGAUGUGCAUGUUGGAAAUGGUUACUUUUGAGUACCCGUAUAGCGAAUGCAAGAAUCCAGCUCAAAUUUACAAGAAAGUUACCUCUGGCAUCAAACCGAAUUCCCUUAACAGGGUGAGUGAUCCCCAAAUUAAGGAGUUUAUCAACAAGUGUCUUGUUCCUGCAUCUGAGAGGUUGUCUGCAGAGGAGCUUCUUAGAGACCCAUUUCUGCAAGUCGAGUGUCCCAAGGAUCCAAUCCUUAAUCCCUUAAACUCACCUACUAAAUCUCCAAAGGCUAUAGAUAAGCCGAAAUCUGGUCCUUUAUCUAUAGACUUCGAGGCUGACUCCAAAAAUGUGUCUGUGAUUACCUGUGCUGAAAACAGCCAUGGAAGUUCACAUUGUCCACUUCUGGAAGUUCGGCGUACAUAUAAAAACAAUGAGUUUAAAUUGAAAGGGACCAAAAACGAUGAUAUCACGGUGUCAUUAAUCUUGCGUAUUGCUGAUUCUUGUGGUCAAGUAAGGAAUAUACAUUUCCUCUUCUACCUUGAGACAGAUACUGCAGUUUCUGUGGCAUCAGAGAUGGUUGAAAAUUUGGAGCUGUCCGAUCAUGAUGUAGCCUUCAUAGCUGAGCUUAUUGAUUACUUGAUAAUGAAGCUAUUACCUCCGUGUAAGCCGCUGAAUGAAGGAAAUAGUCAUAGUCAGUGUCCUGUGCCAAGCAGUCCUCGCACUGAAGUGAUUUUUGAUCAAGACAACGCACAGCGUCCUGUCCAAACCAAUGCUCCCUCUGAAUUGGUUUUCAGUCCUGUCCAAACCAAUGCUCCCUCUGAAUUGGUUUUCAAUCAAGAGAACUCGACUCCAGUUGAUUCUAACCAAGCAGAAGAUUUUGAGACAGCCAACAGAAGCUUUGUGUUUAACAAUGGUGAUAAUGCUGCUUUUGUUGGUGAGUAUAAUUCUUCUCCAAGUUUGAGUAGCUUGGAAGAUCAAGAUUGGCAAGAACCGGCAGAGGCUGAUAUAACCAUUGAAGAUGCUUGCAUGAAAAAUGAAUACUGUCUUGAUUCUGACGCUGAUAGGAGUGAGAAGGGAUUAAGUUGGUCAACCUUAGAAAUGAAGCUGGCUGAUACAUUCUGGGAAUGUUGUAAAUUGCAGGCUACAAACUGUGCUGCAGAAAGCAUUGUACUGAAAGGAAUCUCAAAGAACUCUUCUCACUCUACAAUCCCAGCCUUUUGGGGAACACCUAAUGCUUUGAGCUUGACAAGCAACAAUUCUUGGUCUCCAACCGACAAAGACAUCGAGCACGAGCUAAAGCAUGAACUCGAUGCGAUCGAAUUACACUAUGAGCUUUGGUUCCAAGAACUUUCAAGACAGAAGUUGGAAGCAUUGGAAGCCACCAGAAAGAAAUGGACAGAAAGGAAGAAACUGAUUGUUCAUUGAUCCUACGAUUGCUGCUCUUCCCCUUUUGCCCCUGGUCCAAGUUUUGUAAAGCUUGUGAUAUUUACUAUUAUUAUUUGUACAUUGGAUGCGGCUCUUUUUAGUUAAAGCCACCGUCCGUACUCUCAGCCUAUUUUCACAGGUUUCAGAGAUUUUAUUAAAUUAGUAUUGCCAUCAUAUAUGAGAAGGGCCUUCUCCAACCAUUUGUUGUUAAUACUACUUUGUUUAAUUUUAAGGUUCAU